UCUUGCUGUUCAAAAACGACAUGUAAAUGGUGUGAAGAUGCUCAUGGACAAAGGUGCUAACAUUAAUGCUGAAACUCGGGAUGGCACAACUCCGCUUCAUCAUGCGAUUAAAUAUAAGGAAAUGNAAAUUGCUGAAUUACUAUUAAAUCAUGGAGCUAACGUUAAUGCCAGUGAUAAGUCAGGUGUUACACCACUGCGUGUCGCUGUUGAAAAUGGACAUGUAGAUGGUGUGAAGAUGCUCAUGGACAGAGGUGCUAACGUUAAUGCUGAAACUCGGGAUGGCACAACUCCGCUUUAUGAUGCGAUUAAAUUUGAGUGGAUAAAAAUUGCUGAAUUACUAUUAAAUCAUGGAGCUAACGUUAAUACCAGUAAUAAGUCAGGUUUUACACCACUGUGGUUUGCUGUUAAAAGAAGUCGUGUAGAAAUUGUUGCGAUGUUGUUAGACAGAGGUGCUAACAUUAAUGUUAUAUCAUAUAAUGAUUUUUAUUACUCUUCUAGUCGCCUUUAUAAUGAUUAUAAUGUCUUUUUUAAUCACAUUUAUUGUGAAGAAAUUGUUGAGUGUCUUAAACAGCAUAUAAUUAAGUUAAAAGCUGCAAAUUUAUUCGUAAGUGAACAAUUAUUAUCAAUGAGCAGGAAUUAUGAAAUAAGUGAGUUACAGGAUAAAUGUGAAAAAGAAGUAGCAAUCAUGAAGAAUGAGAAAAUUAGUAAUACUAACAUAUCAUUUUACGAUAUCUUGAUAAAAGAUACAAAUCUAGUAAUAUACAUGAGAAGUGAAAAUGUAGUGCAGGCUUUAAGUUCAGACGAGUAUAAAACAAAAUUUCCAAUAUACUCUAGCAUGAUAAAAAAUCAGUUCAGAAUAGGUAUGAAAAAGAAAGAGUUGUUCGAAGAAGGUAUUAAAAGUUUCUAUUUUUUUUGUAAUUUUCCUGAUCUACCACUUGAUUGUAUUGAACAAAUAUUUAGUUACUUAAGUGAUAAUGACAUAAGAAUUUUAAUAGAUACUUGUAAGUCUGUUAGUGUCAGUAUUCUUAAUACUGAUAUUAAUGAUGUAGAAAUUACUUCAAAUACAUCUAAAGUGCUAUGUGUGUAAGUUAAGGAAAAACGAACUAUUUUAAACAUGAAAUAACAGCUAUAAAAACUUAAAAAUUAUUGCUGUAUUUUAAAUACAGAUUACUAUCUUAUUUUGAAAUUAGUUUUUUUUAAGAUUUUAUUUUAUUCUACUUUUUUGAAAGUUGUUUUUUACGUUUACAUUCUCUUGGACGUGUUUUUUUAUGGUGGAUUCAACGAACACUAGACUGUUUUAUAUCUUCCACUUUUUCAAACUUUGUGUCAGAUUUUAUAACAUUUGUAUGACGCAAAAUUUAUAUACAUUAAUCUGAUGAUACUUUUUUUAUUGAACAGAGUGUAA